GGCUGGCGGAAGCCUGCGCUGAGCAGUCGGUGGAGGUCGGUCCGCCUGCGGAGCCGGCGUGCGCAAAGGCCGCUGGGAGCCUGCAGAGCCCAGGGCAGUGCGAUGGCGCCGGCGGAGGCUCGCGGCGCACUCCCGGGCUGGAUCUCCGUGCUGGGCUGGGGUCUGGCGCUGUGCUGUCUGUGCGGGGCGGGCCCACUGUGGAGUGGCAGCCAUGAGUGGAAAAAACUAAUUUUGACUCAGCACUGGCCCCCAACAGUAUGCAAGGAAGUUAACAGCUGCCAAGACUCUCUGGAUUACUGGACAAUACAUGGACUAUGGCCCGAUAGAGCAGAAGAUUGUAACCAGUCCUGGCACUUUAACUUAGAUGAGAUUAAGGACCUUUUGCGAGACAUGAAGAUCUACUGGCCUGAUGUGAUUCACCGGUCUUCUAAUCGCAGCCAAUUCUGGAAACAUGAGUGGGUUAAACACGGCACCUGUGCUGCCCAGGUGGACGCCCUCAAUUCCGAGAAGAAGUACUUUGGGAAGAGCCUGGAGCUGUACAAGCAGAUUGACCUCAACAGUGUACUACAAAAAUUUGGGAUCAAGCCAUCCAUCAACUACUACCAGCUUGCAGAUUUCAAAGAUGCACUUACCAGAAUCUAUGGAGUGGUGCCUAAAAUCCAGUGCCUUAUGCCAGAACAGGGAGAGAGCGUACAGACCGUUGGCCAGAUAGAGCUGUGCUUCACCAAGGAGGACUUACAUUUGAGGAACUGCACUGAGCCAGGGGAGCAGCUGUCCUCCAGGCAGGAAGCCUGGCUGGCCAUGGGGGCUUCUACACAUGGGAUGAUGGUCUGUGAAGACGGUCCAAUCUUCUACCCUCCACCUACAAAGACCUAACAUUGAUGUUCACAUUUUGGAAAUAUUUUGUGUCCCAUGAAGUAAGAAAAGUUCACAAAUCAUUGCUUUCUAAAAUUUUACUAAAAAUUUCUUAAAA